CUCUCGGCUUGUUCAUCCAGGCCCGUAAUCUCAUCCUAUCCUACAAGACACUGUUCCUUUGAAGCUCGUACAAUGGCCUCUGGGGACAGAGAUAUUCUGCCCAGCGCAGUGCAGCCGCGCCAUUAUGACAUCUCCCUCUUCGACCUGCAGCUCGGGGGAUCCUGGAGCUAUAAGGGUAUCGUGAAAAUCAACUCCAAAGUUAACAAUCCCACCAAAGAAAUCGUCCUCAACUCGAAGGAGAUCGACGUCCAGCAGGCAGUGGUUUUGGGAUCAGAUGGCGCAGAACUGGCAAAAGCGUCGGAUAUUAGCUAUGACCAGAAGUCGGAACGGGUGACCUUCAAAUUCCCGGAGGAACUCCCGCAGUCGGACGUUGUGGUGUCCAUCUCGUUUACGGGGACAAUGAACAAUGCCAUGGCUGGAUUCUACCGGUCAAAGUACACGCCUGUCGUUGAGCCCACCCCUGACACUCCCAAGGAAGGAGAUUUCCACUACAUGUUGAGCACUCAGUUUGAGUCUUGCGACGCACGUAGAGCGUUCCCCUGUUUCGAUGAGCCGAAUCUGAAAGCUACAUUCGACUUUGAGAUUGAAGUCCCCAAGGGCCAAACGGCCCUUAGCAACAUGCCAAUCAAGUCAGAGCGGGCUGGUAGCAAGCCCGAGCUCAAGUUCGUUUCGUUUGAGACCACCCCAGUCAUGAGUACCUAUCUUCUGGCUUGGGCCAUUGGUGACUUUGACUAUGUCGAAGCGAUGACCGAGCGGAAAUAUCAAGGAAAGAGCAUUCCUGUUCGCGUUUAUACAACAAAGGGUCUCAAAGAGCAGGCCCGAUUCGCUCUCGAAUGUGCCCACCGAACCGUCGAUUACUUCUCUGAAGUUUUCGAAAUCGAGUACCCCUUGCCUAAGGCAGACCUGCUGGCUGUCCACGAAUUUGCUAUGGGUGCUAUGGAGAACUGGGGUCUGGUGACAUACCGUACCACUGCCGUUCUCUUCGAUGAGGGCAAGUCGGAUACCCGGUACAAAAACCGAAUCGCCUAUGUCGUUGCUCAUGAACUGGCUCACCAGUGGUUCGGUAACCUGGUCACCAUGGAUUGGUGGAAUGAACUCUGGUUGAAUGAAGGUUUUGCAACCUGGGUUGGUUGGCUCGCUGUUGACCAUUUCUAUCCUGAGUGGAAUGUUUGGUCCCAGUUUGUUGCUGAAGGUGUCCAACAAGCGUUCCAGCUCGACUCUCUGCGUGCAUCCCACCCCAUCGAAGUCCCUGUUCGAAAUGCGCUCGAGGUUGAUCAAAUCUUUGAUCAUAUCAGUUAUCUCAAGGGCAGCUCCGUCAUUCGCAUGCUUAGCGAUCACCUUGGUCAGGAAGUUUUCCUCAAGGGCGUUGCUCAAUACCUCAAGGAUCACGCGUACGGCAAUGCUACCACAAAUGAUCUGUGGUCCGCACUCAGCAAAGCCUCUAACCAGGAUGUGAACAGCUUUAUGGACCCCUGGAUCCGCAAAAUUGGUUUCCCUGUUGUUACCGUGGGGGAGGCGACUGGCGAGCUCAGGAUUCGCCAGAACCGAUUCCUCUCGACGGGCGACGCCAAACCCGAUGAGGAUGAAACAACAUGGUGGAUUCCUCUCGGCAUCAAGUCGGGUUCUCAAUUGGCCGCCCAGCCAUCUCGUGCCCUGACUGCUAAGGUGGACACUAUUCAAGGCAUCGGCCAACACUCUUUCUACAAGAUUAACAAGAAUCUUUCGGGAUUUUACCGGACCAACUACUCUACUGCUAGACUCGAAAAGCUUGGCCAAUCCCUUGAUGUGUUGAGCACUGAAGAUAAGAUUGGCUUGAUCGGCGAUGCUGCUGCUCUUGCGGUAUCUGGAGAGGGUACUACCGCUGCGUUGUUGGCUCUCCUAGAGGGCUUCAAGAGAGAGCAGAACUACCUGGUUUGGUCCCAAAUCUCGGCUUCUGUUGGUAACCUGCGCUCGGCGUUCGCGCAGAAUGAAGCUGUAGCCGAAGGUCUGAAGAAAUUUGCCCGCGAGCUGUCAUCCCCUGCUGCAGACAAGAUUGGUUGGGAGUUCAAGCCCGAAGACGAUUAUCUUACUGUCCAGCUUCGGAAGCUUCUGAUUGCUAUGGCUGGUCUCGCUGGCCACGAAAGCAUUAUGGCCGAGGCUAAGCGGCGCUUCAAUCUUUGGGCUACCGCCAAAGAUAGGAAUGCGGUCCACACCAACUUGCGCUCUACAAUUUUCAGCAUCGCUAUUUCGGACGGCAGCCAACUUGAGUUUGACGCUGUGAAGGACGAAUAUCUCAAGACAGAUUCCGUUGAUGGCAAGGAAAUUUGCCUGUCUGCUCUUGGACGCACGAAAGAUGCGAAGCUCGUCAACGAUUACUUGGAUUUCGUCUUUUCCGACAAGGUUGCAAUCCAGGAUGUCCACAAUGGUGCAGUUUCCCUGGCAGCCAACUCGAAGGUCCGAAGUCUGUUGUGGGAGUACAUCAAGAACAACUGGACCGCUGUUGAAGCUCGCCUUUCCGCGAACAAUGUCGUCUUUGAGCGAUUUGUGCGGAUGGGAUUGUCGAAGUUUGCGGACCAUAGUGUUGCAGCUGACAUUGCUUCAUUCUUCAAGAAUAAGGACACUAGUGCGUAUGAUCGCGCCCUGGUGAUCGUUGCAGACAGUAUCCGGACCAGCGCAAACUACAAGGAGAGAGAGGAGAAGCUAGUGUUGGAGUGGCUUCAAGCCCAUGGUUAUGCUUGAACGUUGGGGGACGUAACCAAAAAAGAGUACCGAUGGUUUACAGCAGAAAUUCAAGGCCUUAUCUCAGCAGGGGAAAGGUUAAGUAAGUAAGCUAGGCAGCUGAUGCUAAUAACUAGUUAUUCAAUGAUUGUAUCUAUCGUUAUCGAUUGCCACGUAGCGUACGUACUGGUCCAUCCCCAGAAUGAUAACGAAGCCAGUCACGAGGGAACAAACGCCCAUGAAGGGGAAAAAAAAGAUGUCUGUCCGGAUAAAGC